GCCAUGAGGCUAUGUGGCCUGCUGACCUUGGCCGCGGUGGCCUUUGCAAUGCGGCCCAAGGAGCCCAGCCUCAUAGAGCUCAGUCGACAGGAGCGCUUUGAUCGGCUCUACAGGCAGUACUGGAAGCACUACGAGAAGGGUGCUCCCAGGACAAUGCCCGGGCUGGAGCCUCACGAGAUUCCUCUGCAGUUUGAGUUUGAGCUUCCCCGGAAGAUGGUUGUCCUGAACAUGACACCAGCGCUGCUGCUUCAACGUGGUGGCAUCUCGCUAUCCAGCGCGCAUCAGGCCAGGGAACCGGCCUUCGUAAGCGGAUCGCCCUGGUGGUACAUAGAGGUGGAUGGCCUUGGCAGCAAACACCACCAGGUGCUACAGGGCCUCCCCGAGGCCAACAGUGUUGUGGUUCGGCCACAGACGAUCCUCAACUCCAACUUCACCAAGGACUUGGUGAACUACUUCGACAGGCUUCAC